AUGGACCGCGCGCGCCUCUCGCCGACGCCGGACUGCGCGAACCAUCGGCCGCUCCAAGGAGGACCCCGCGAAACCAUCGAUACCUCAGCCCCGCCCGCGGAGGCCUUAAACGAGCCAGAGACUCCGCGGCCCGCGCCGCGCGCGUUAGCUUCUAUCCCCGAAAGCGAGCCCUUGCUCCGGGAUCCGCUCAGUGUCAGUGCUAUCAGUGAAAAUGUCGCGCGCAAGCACAACGGGCGGCCGCUGCACGUGCAGUUCGACGCGCAGUCGCCCCCCGCGGCUGUGUCCGUGUCGGGCUCCAGCACCAGCUCCAGCUCCUCAGACGACGAGGACGUGUCCAUUGCUGAGGCGCGCCCGCCCGACGGUGGCUGGGGCUGGGUCGUCGUGUUCGCCUCUUUUAUGGUCAAUCUCAUUGCCGAUGGCAUCACGUUCAGCUUCGGUGUCUUCUUCCCACAUUUCCUGGAGUAUUUCGGCGAGAGUAAAGGCAAGACGGCCUGGAUCGCCGGUAUCUUCAUGGCGAUGCCGCUGUUAUCCGGGCCCAUUGCGAGCUUCCUUACGGAUAGGUACGGGUGCCGACGGAUGACGAUAUUUGGCUCGAUACUAGCUGCUAUAGGAUUCGUCAUAUCGGCAUUCGUAGAUAAUAUGGAGACAUUGUUUUUGACGUUCGGUAUAAUGGCCGGAUUCGGAUUGAGUCUGUGUUACGUGGCAGCAGUAGUUAUAGUUGCUUAUUACUUUGAGAAGAAACGUUCCUUAGCCACCGGAAUUUCGGUGUGUGGCAGUGGCAUCGGAACAUUUGUGUUCGCGCCCCUGACCUAUGUAUUAUUAGAUGAAUAUGGGUGGCGUGGCACCACAUUAAUAUUAGCUGGCUUAUUUUUAAAUAUGGCAGUGUGUGGUCUGUUGUUCAGAGACUUGCCGUGGACAACCACAAUGAAUGAGGAAAGGGCAAAAGAAAGGAAAAGAAAAAGAGAAAGGAAGCGGUUAAAGCGUUAUCAAGCAUCUUCUGCAGAUAGUUUUUCGGACAGUAAGAGUAGUGCUGCUGGCUCUACGAAAGCGAAUGAAACAGUUGAUAUAGAAACUGUAACAUCACCCAUCGUUCCUCAGUUUAGUUCUCUAGUGGACUUGCCGACAUUCAUGACGGGAGGCGAAGGAGUGUCGUUAGAAGUAUUCGAGUUGAUGUCGAACAGGGGUCGAGCGUACGCCAUCUUGGCGCAGAACUACCCGGGAGUGAUGCUCCCGUCGAGGAGCUUCAGUGACAGCGGGCGGCUGCAUGAGCAGUCCCCGCCGCGCGCGCUGAUGUCGCCGGGAGUGGGGUCGCCCGGGGCGCUGUCGCCGACCAGCACGUCGCGGCCGCCGGCCCCCAGCUCGGCGCCCAUCAACGACAAGGCGGCGCUGUCGCUGUGGCUGCGGCGGCAGGCGACGGGCUCCACGAAGAAGCCGCCCGCGUUCCUGAAGGACCUGCGCGUGCACCGUCACUCGCUGACGUACCGCGGCGCCAUGCUUAACAUCAACCGUUACCGACUCAGAGCGUCCUCCUGCCCCAACAUCUUCAGGAACUCCAUGACCACCAUUGCCAAAGAAAAGGUGCAAUGGUACGCAGGGUUGUGGGACUUCUGGGACCUGGCAGUGGAUGUGCUGGACUUCUCCCACUUCUUGAACCCUGCAUUCCUGAUAUUCGCCAUCUCAAACUUCUUGCUGUACAUGUGGUAUGACGUACCGUACGUGUACAUUGCUGACAGUGGAAUGAGCAUGGGCUUCAACGAGUCUCAGUCGUCUAUGCUCAUCUCCAUUAUUGGAAUACUGAACAUGUUCGGAGAGAUCUUACUAGGCUGGGUGGGCGACUUCCAGUGUGUGAACGCGAGCAUAGUGUACGCUGGGUGUAUGGUGGCCUGUGGCCUGGUCACCCUGAUCAUGCCACUGCUGGGCAGCUACUUCACGCUGGCUUCAGCAUCAGGCGCCUUCGGAGCCUGCAUCGCAGCCAACUACUCCCUCACCAGCAUCAUACUGGUGGAACAGAUCACCUUGGAGAAGUUCACCAAUGCCUACGGAUUGCUGUUGCUCAUUCAAGGAGUUGCCAAUUUAAUUGGGCCGCCUUUAGCUGGUUGGGUAUACGACGUGACAGGUUCCUAUGACCUAUCAUUCUACUUAGCUGGAGUCUUCAUCGGUGUGUCAGGCCUGGUACUCCUCGUAUCUCCACUCCUGCGCUGCAUCAAACAUUGUACCAAACGUCAACCAGACACUAACAAUAAGAGCAAUGGGGAGAUCAAACAGAAUGGGAAACUCAUGGUCUAA